AUGUCCUCAGACGCCGAGGCGCCCAAACGGGAGUCGACCCCGACCGCCUCGCUCUCCUCGAUCCCGCAUAAACGCCCUCUGGACGAAGGCCACAGUCCCGCCGUCUCGUCGCCCCUCAACGCAGAGCCGAACCGGCCCAAGCCCUCUCGGACCAAAAAAGACACGCUCAAGAAGCGCGAGGCCAAGGCCGGCGACAGCAAUCCUGCAACGCCAGAUCCCAAGGCGCCCCGCGAACCAAAGCAGAGCGAUUCCGGCCCCCUGCGAUACAAGCUAGCACCCCCGAAGCCUUCCGACUUUGAUCUGCCUCGCGGGCCGAUUCUCACACUGCACCACGACGUCACAGCGUCCGACGGUCGCAACAUCGAAUUCUUCGAGACCUCAGAACACGUCUUUAACAAGAAAAACUUUCGUUACACGCACUGCAUAGCCGACCCUCUCUUCCCGUCCAUAAUCUACUACCGCCAGACGGAGCCGGAGCCCUUUGGCCCACGCAUGAGCUUCGAGGAUGCCGCACCCCACGUCUUCUUCGACAAGUCCGCCCGGCACAUCACAACAGACAAGGGCUUCCGCAUGGCGCGGGCCAACGUGGCGGUCCGACAAGGUCGGUGCUACUGGGAGUGCAAGAUUACCCGAGGCGUCAGGGCGGCAAAGGACGGUUCUGGCAAGCUCGAGGGCGGAACACACGUGCGCAUGGGCUGGGCAAGACGCGAGGCCUCGCUCGACGCUCCCGUGGGCUUCGACGCGUAUAGCUAUGGCAUUCGAGACGUCUCUGGCGAAAAGGUGCACAUGUCGCGCCCAAAGGAGUUCUUCCCUCCCGGCGAGAGCAUUCGCGAGGGCGACGUGAUUGGUCUGGAAAUACAACUGCCCUCGGAACACCUGCAUCGCAAGGUCAUGUCGGGAGACUACAGCCCUGCCCUGGAUGCAGCGGACGACGAGCCUUCUCUAGCCACGGAAGCGCCCAACAUCGUGCGCGACCGAGUGCCCAUCAGGUUCAAGGCGCAUACGUAUUUCGAAAAGAUCGAGUAUCACACCACCAAGGAGUUGGAGGAUUUGAUGAACCCGUCCCCCAUGGGCUUCGGCUCAUCUUCCCAGGCACCCAAUCCCAACCAUCCCUCCCCCGCGCUGCGCACACUGCCCAACUCGUGCAUCAGGAUCUACAGGAACGGAGUCUUGAUGGGAACGCCCUUUGAGAACCUCCUUGGUUUUCUCCCCCCCGCGUCGAGGCCCAUGCCCCAGGUCGGCGCUCGCGAGGGCCUCGACGACGGCAUGCUCGGCUACUACCCGGCCGUGAGCGUGUUCCGGGGCGGUGCCGCCGAGGUCAACUUCGGGCCGGACUUUUGGUACCCUCCACCAGAGGUCCGGGACGUCUUUGAUCGCUACAGGCAGCAGAUUGCCGAGGACAUUGUGUACGACGUCAUCGACGAGGUGGACUUCUGGAUGAAGGACGGCGGCGCCGCGACUGACCGACAAGGCGCCCAGGGAAGCAGCGGCAGCGUAGCCAUGGGUCCGGGCCGGGAGGAGAUCAAGGAGCUGGUGCAGGACUACUAA